GAAGUGCUUCUCUCCCCAGUCUGACCUCGUCACUAAUGCUGACAUAGUUUUAGACUCGGGCUGGUGUGAUGCGCUCACAGGCUCAUUUCUAAUCAGGAAACCACAGUUUAUCUGUCCUAUUUCUGCGGUCGCAUCAGCAGGGUAACGUCGACAUGAGCACCAUGUUUGCAGAUACUAUCCUGAUCGUGUUCAUCUCGGUGUGUACGGCGCUGUUAGCCGAAGGAAUUACAUGGGUUUUAGUUUAUCGCACUGAAAAGUACAAGAGGCUAAAGGCUGAAGUGGAAAAACAAAGCAAAAAACUUGAGAAGAAAAAGGAAACCAUCACAGAAUCUGCAGGACGUCAACAGAAGAAGAAGAUUGAGAGACAAGAAGAGAAACUGAAGAACAACAACAGAGACCUUUCCAUGGUACGCAUGAAGUCCAUGUUCGCCAUCGGCUUCUGCUUUACGGCUUUGAUGGGCAUGUUCAACUCCAUCUUUGAUGGAAGAGUAGUGGCCAAACUGCCAUUCGUGCCGCUGUCUUACAUCCAGGGUCUGUCACAUCGUAACCUCCUGGGCGAGGAUUUCACGGACUGCUCCUUUAUCUUCCUCUACAUCCUCUGCACCAUGUCCAUCAGACAGAACAUUCAGAAGAUGCUCGGUCUUGCGCCCUCUAGAGCUGCAACAAAACAGGCCGGUGGUUUCCUGGGACCUCCUCCUCAAGCAGCAAAGUUUUCUUAAUCCUCAGAAAGGUUCUGUUCUGCUCCCGCACUGCAACUGUGUGUCGUCACAGCUCCCUCAUCUGAGCACACGCGGAACUGCUCAGGCUGGAUCAAACGUAUUAUCUGUUGCAGCUACUGUGAUCACUGUCUUCUGUUUGAGUUUUCAUUCAUUUUGUUGUUUAUUUAACUUGAAGAUUGUCUCACCUAGAAAUUAGAGGAAGAAAAGUUGUUCUUAACGACACUAAUUACCAAAUUCUAAAAAUGUCUAUCUUGUAUUCAGCACAUGCCCGUCAACAUUUUUGGGGGGAUUUUAAUUAUUAAUUGGCAUAGUAACAUCUGAUCCAUCCAGUAUUAUUAUAUGUAAUUGUUAAUAAAUUUUUAUGAUUCAA